CACCGCGCAGUCCCACCGGGGAGCAGCGAGGGUUGCGCCCCGACUGGCGGGCGGCAUGGCCGCAGCCCUGGCCUUGCGGGUGGUCGCGGGGCUGGCGGCCGCGGCGGUGGCGGCCCUGCUCUUGGAGCACUACGGCUUGGCAGGCCCGCCCUCGCCGCUGCCCCAACCCCGCGCCCCUCUGAGGCCGCACCCGGCGCCGGGCCCCGGAGACGGCAACAUCUUCUGGGGUCUGCAGAUAUCCGACAUUCACGUGAGCAGGUACCGGGAUCCAGGCCGAGCGCUAGACUUAGAGAAGUUCUGUUCUGAAACUAUUGACAUCAUUCAACCAGCCCUCGUCCUAGCCACAGGAGACUUGACAGAUGCCAAAACAAAGGAACAGUUGGGAUCCAGGCAGCAUGAGAUAGAAUGGCAAACUUACCAGAAUAUUCUGAAGAAGACCAGAGUGUUGGAAAAAACUAAGUGGCUGGAUAUCAAAGGAAAUCAUGAUGCAUACAACAUUCCAAGUCUGGACAGCGUCCGGAACUACUACAGGAAAUAUUCUGCUGUACGUAGGGAUGGAUCUUUCCAUUAUGUCCACAGUACUCCCUUUGGCAACUAUUCUUUCAUCUAUGUGGACGCCACCCAAGAUCCCGGUCCUAAGAGACCUUAUAAUUUCUUUGGAAUUUUAGAUGAGAAACGAAUGAGGGAGCUCUUACAGUUGUCCAAGGAAAGUAGCCGGAGCAAUCACACAAUUUGGUUUGGACACUUUACAACAUCCACUAUCCUUUCUCCAUCACCAGGAAUCCGAUCAAUAAUGAGUUCAGCUACUGCUUAUUUCUGUGGGCACCUCCAUACACUUGGUGGGCUGAUGCCUGUUUUGCAUACCCGUCACUCCCAGGGCACUUUGGAACUUGAAGUGGGAGACUGGAAGGAUAACAGAAGGUACCGGAUCUUUGCUUUUGAUCAUGACCUCUUCAGCUUUGCAGAUCUCUCUUUCGGCAAGUGGCCUGUGGUUCUGAUCACCAAUCCUAAACCACUCCUCUAUACUUGUGCCAAACACGAACCACUGGAAAGACUCCUUCAUUCAACACACAUCAGAGUCUUGGCCUUUUCCUUGUGCUCCAUUACAUCUGUCACAGUUAAGAUUGAUGGAAUUCAUCUAGGCCAGGCUGUUCAUUUGUCUGGUCCUAUUUUCACACUGAAGUGGAACCCCCAAAACUACAGUAAUGGGACACAUGACAUAGAAGUGAUCGUCCAGGAUUCUGCUGGAAGAAGCAAGAAUGUUCGCCACACAUUUUCUAUUCAAGAGAAUAUUCAUCUCACAUUUGAUCCUGUGGCCUCCUUUAUUCUCCUUACCGAGCACUGUACUGUGGUCCGGGUUGUCUUUGUGAUGAUUGUGCUGAUCCAGCUUGCUGUUCUCAUUACUUUUAGGUAUCUAGGAUACCCAAAGUUUAAAGAACCUCCUGGAAAUAUAAAUCUUACCUCAUUUUCCCUGCAUAUCUUGUGCAAAGUAAACAUCUUCUACUAUUCUAUGUUGCUGCUGACCAUAUACACAGUGUUGGGACCAUGGUUUUGUGGUGAAAUCAUUGAUGGCCAUUUGGGUUGCUGCUUUUCCUUUGGAACUUUUGUUAGUGGACAUUUCCUACAAGGCAGUGUUACAUUUAUAGUUGGAAUUCUGCAGCUGGUGUUUUUCAACAUCCCCCUAAUGGCUUACCUGUGUUGGAGCCUGCUGCAGCGAUGCUUCGGCCACAACUUCAGGUCUCAUCUCCAUCAAGGAAAAUACUUGAAAACUGUACCUGUGCACCUGCUCAUGCUCCUGCUCUACAUCUGGCAACUUUAUUCCUGCUACUUUCUUCAUGUGACUCACGGCGCCCUGGCUUUUUUAGUCUCCCCUUUGCGGACCUGGUUGACACUGCUGACCCCUGUGCUCAUCUGUUAUGUGUGGACACUGAGUGCCACUAAAUUUGGAACCUUCAUGGUGUAUUUGAAAAGCCACCUGAGCUCCUGAGGGUGGUGUCUCGCCACGAAGAGCCAGGUGGAAAUCCAGCCUCUGCAGCUGUGUGUCCAGGCUCUGCUCCAGUAGCAGGUGGAAGGCCAGUGUUGGUGUGUGAGCUGCAGGGGAGCUGCUGCUCCUUUGAUACUCAGAUGUAACAGGGAUUACCCACUACGGAGUCCUACAUGCUGACUGCAGAAAAGUAUCUAAAUAAUGACUUGAUUCUUUCCUUCCCUAAGGAGGCAAAGGAUUUGAUUUCUAUGUGUGAAGAGAAAAAUCCUAAUCUAGGAGAUCCACUGGACAGAGGAUGGGUAUGUGUAUGGGAGCAUCUGAGGCCCAGUGAUUUUUUUUUUCUUAGGGUUUUCCCAUGUAAAGCACCUAUCCAGCUACCUGGAACUUAACAGCUGUUAAAGGUGCUAUUUUAGGGACAGUGAAACUGUGAACUUGGGCCCAACCCUGAGUACCAUUAACAUACUAGUUCUUAGCCCUGUUUGCCACAGGGUCUGGGCUCUCAUCCCUUAAUUGGGGAUGGUUUCAACUAAUGAGUGAAUGAAUAAAUGCCGUGGGAGGCAAGCUUUUGGCCUAGUGUUUAAGGCACGGUUGAGACAGUCCUGACUGCGCUCCUUCUAGAGUCCAGCCUCCUGAUAAUGCACGCCCUGGGAGCCAGGGUGCCUGACUGUCACCCACACGGGAGCCUGGGAUUUGAGUUUCCUGCUGCUGCUGGUUUGGAGAUCUAGUGGAGUGACCCGAUAGAUGGGAGCACGCUCCGUUCUGUGUGUCUCUCUCUGCCCCCUUUGUCUGCCUCAAAUAAAUAAAUAAUUUAAAACAACCAGAAAA